AUGGAUCCUUAUCUUCUCUGGAUCGGAGGCUCGGGACGACCAGGCAGGGCGGAACAUUGUCACGCGGCUUCCGCUGAGGAUGUCGAGGAUGCAGUCUGGCUCGCUCACACCACUUUCAAGGCGGGGAUAUGGUCCAAGGCGCCGAGACACACGCGGGCCGACGUCCUUGACAAGGCCGCUGCGCUUCUGACCGAACGACUGCCGACGCUCAUCAAGCUGGAAGUGCGGCAAACAGGACGCGCUAUCAGAGAGAUGAACGCCCAGGUGCCGUCGCUUGUGAAGUGGUUCAAGUACUAUGCGGCGUUACUCAGGACAGAAGAACGCUCAGUGCUGCCGACAGUAGGAAAGCUUCACAAUUGGGUCGACCGCGUGCCUCUUGGGGUAGUCGUGCAGAUCACGCCGUUCAAUCACCCGCUUCUGAUUGCUGUCAAGAAGAUUGCCCCUGCUUUGGCUGCCGGCAACAGUGUUAUUGUCAAGCCAAGUGAGCUCACGCCGCUGACUACACUGGUCCUAGCCCAAAUUUUGAAGGAAGCAGGCGUGCCUGAUGGUGCCUUCAAUGUUCUACCCGGAUAUGGUGCGAUUACAGGCAAAGCACUCGUUGAGCAUCCUCUUGUCAGGAAGGUCGACGUCACUGGCGGUACCGUUGCUGGUCGGGCAAUAGGCGCCAUCGCCGGCAAGAAUCUUGCCCGGUUCACCGCCGAGCUGGGAGGCAAGGCGCCUCUCGUGGUGUUUGAACAGGCUGACAUCGACGUCGCUGUCAAUGGCAUCGUAUUCGGCUCGUUCAUAGCAACGCAGCUAGGCAAUGUCGAGACACUGGUCAACGAUGCAGUGAGCAGUGGCAAAGCUACUGCGGUGAUUGGAGGCGGUCGAAUGAUCGGACAGAGUCAGCUCGACGGCGUAGACUUCUCAAAAGGCUAUUUCUUUCCGCCCACCAUCCUCACAUCGACCAGCGGGAGUAGUGUCCUCGAGACUCGCAUAUGGCGUGAGGAGGCAUUUGGACCCGUGAUUGUGGUCGUUGGGUUCGAUACCGAGGAGCAAGCGAUCAACCUCGCAAAUGACAGCGAAUUUGGUCUAGGUGCGGCUGUAUGGACUAAAGAUCUUGCGCAGGCGUUUCGCGUCUCGGAACAGAUCGAUGCCGGUAUUGUCUGGGUGAAUACUCACCAUCGAAAUGACCCAAGCAGCCCAUGGGGCGGAGGCAAGAGUUCAAGCGGUGUCGGCAGUGAGAAUGGCAUUGAUGCAUAUCACGAGUACACUACCAUGAAGAGCACAAUCAUCAACUACGCGACGAGUGAGGAGGCCUUGGCCACUGACGACUGGUUUCGUGAAGGAGCUGGGGAUGUGCGGUACGGGUAA